GCCAUCAGAGAAUCUACAAUCACUGAUGGAGAAGAAUCAGUCCCUACUAGAGGAGAACGAAAAAUUAAGUCGUGGUCUGAGUGAGGCAGCUGGUCAGACAGCCCAGAUGUUGGAGAGGAUCAUUUUGACAGAGCAAGCCAAUGAAAAAAUGAAUGCCAAGCUAGAAGAGCUCAGACAGCAUGCAGCCUGCAAAGUGGAUCUUCAAAAGCUAGUAGAGACUUUGGAAGACCAGGAAUUAAGAGAAAAUGUAGAGAUAAUUCGUAACCUGCAACAAGUGAUUACCCAGCUAUCGGAUGAAACUGCUGCUUGCAUGGCUGCGGCUAUUGACACUAUGGUGGAACCAGAAGCUCAAGUGGAAACCAGUCCAGAAACCAGCAGGUCUUCUGAUGCUUUCACCACUCAGCAUGCUCUACGUCAAGCUCAGAUGUCUAAGGAGCUGAUUGAGUUGAAUAAAGCCCUUGCACUGAAAGAGGCCCUAGCUAGAAAAAUGACUCAGAAUGAUAGCCAACUACAGCCCAUUCAGUUCCAGUACCAGGAUAAUAUUAAAAAUUUAGAAUUGGAAGUCGUCAAUCUGCAAAAAGAAAAGGAAGAAUUGGUUCUUGAACUUCAGACAGCAAAGAAAGAUGUCAACCAAGCCAAAUUGAGUGAACGCCGCCGCAAACGUCUUCAGGAGCUGGAGGGUCAAAUAGCUGAUUUGAAAAAGAAACUGAAUGAACAGUCCAAACUUCUGAAACUAAAGGAAUCCACAGAGCAUACUGUCUCCAGACUGAACCAGGAGAUACAGAUCAUGAAAAACCAGCGAGUACAGUUAAUGCGUCAGAUGAAAGAAGAUGCUGAGAAGUUUAGACAGUGGAAGCAGCAGAAAGACAAAGAAGUAAUCCAGUUAAAAGAACGAGACCGUAAGAGACAAUAUGAGCUGCUCAAACUUGAAAGAAACUUUCAGAAACAGUCCAAUGUGCUCAGACGUAAAACUGAGGAGGCAGCAGCUGCCAACAAGCGUCUCAAGGAUGCUCUCCAAAAACAACGGGAGGUUGCAGAUAAACGGAAGGAGACUCAGAACCGUGGAAUGGAAGGCACUGCAGCUCGAAUUAAGAAUUGGCUUGGAAAUGAAAUUGAGGUUAUGGUCAGUACUGAGGAAGCCAAACGCCAUCUGAAUGACCUUCUUGAGGACAGAAAGAUCCUGGCGCAAGAUGUGGCCCAGCUCAAAGAAAAAAAGGAGUCUGGGGAAAAUCCGCCUCCUAAACUCCGGAGGCGCACAUUCUCACGUGAUGAAGUGCGUGGUCAAGUUGCGGAGUCAGAGGAUUCUAUUACAAAGCAGAUUGAAAGCCUAGAGACUGAAAUGGAACUCAGGAGUGCUCAAAUUGCUGACCUACAGCAAAAGCUUCUGGAUGCAGAAAGUGAAGACAGGCCAAAACAACGCUGGGAAACUAUUGCUACAAUUCUGGAAGCCAAAUGUGCCUUGAAAUAUUUAGUUGGAGAGCUGGUCUCCUCCAAAAUACAGGUCAGCAAGCUUGAAAGCAGCCUAAAACAGAGCAAGGCCAGCUGUGCUGACAUGCAGAAGAUGCUGUUCGAGGAGCGAAAUCAUUUUGCUGAGGUAGAACUAGAGUUAAAAGCUGAGGUAGCCAGAGUGGAUCAGCAGCAGCAAGAGAAGGUGCUGUACCUUCUCAGCCAGCUGCAGCAAAACCAAAUGGCAGAGAAGCAGCCGGAGGAGUCAGUUAGUGAAAAAGAACAGCAACUGCUGAGCAGACUGAAAUGCCAGGAUGAGGAGCUUAGGAAGAUGCAAGACGUGUGUGAGCAAAAUCAGCAGCUUCUCCAAGAGAAUGAAAUCCUCAAGCAGAAACUUACUCUCUUCCAAGUAGCCAGCAGACAGAACCCUCAUGUUUCUAAGGAUGGCCUCCAAUCUCCAGACUCUUCCUUUGAAUAUAUGCCACCUAAGCCAAAACCUUCCCGUGUUAAAGAAAAGUUCCUGGAGCAAAGCAUGGACAUCAAGGAUCUAAAAUGUUAUGCAGAGCAUUUUGUGAAUGAGCAUGAGGAUGGUGACAGUGAUGGUGAUGCUGAUGCUGAUGAUGGGGAUGAUGAAGAAUGGAAACCAAAAAAAUUAGUUAAAGUGUCCAGGAAGACCAUCCAAGGGUGUUCCUGCAAGGGCUGGUGUGGGAACAAGCAGUGUGGGUGCAGGAAGCAAAGGUCAGACUGUAGCAUGGCCUGCAGCUGUGACCCCACAAAAUGUCGGAACCGCCAACAAGGCCAGGAUAGCUUGGGUACUGUUGAGCGGACCCAGGAUUCUGAAGGCUCCUUCAAACUGGAGGAUCCCACAGAGGUGACCCCAGGAUUGAGCUUCUUCAACCCCGUCUGCGCCACCCCCAAUAGCAAGAUCCUAAAAGAGAUGUGUGAUGUGGAUCAGGUGCUAUUGAACAAGACUGCUCUUGCUCUCUCCUUUGACCUCCCAGAACUGAAGCAUAUAGCAGCAGAAUCCCAAGAAAAUAAGGCCCCAGGGAAGAAAAAGAAGCGAACUCUGGCCAGCAAUACCAGCUUCUUCUCUGGCUGCUCGCCUAUUGAAGAAGAGGCCCACUGAAGUUGUCAUCAUCUCUACCCUCAGUCCGCAUUGGGAGAUGAUUUCAGGUUGCAGCCAGGAGGAAUUUUUUAGUGACUUCUCUGGAUUUCAGGUUUCUCAUAAUUGAGAAAAAGGACAGAGUGUUACUGAAAGGAAGGGGACCUUUACUGAAUGUUGGCCCUUAGUCUUCAGCGACCUGCCCCCCAGACUUUUCUUCUCCAGAAGGUGCUAACCCACCUACUGCAGAAUUGACUGACCUUCCCACUGACUCUUCAGGAACCAGUCCCCAGUAUGAUCUAGCUUUUUUUUCCUUUGUGAGCAAUUGAACCCGUCUCCUGUUGGAGUUGAGGUUGAGACUUUCCUUUCUCAGCCUAAUGGAGAAACCUGUCCCAGGAUGAAGGAAGGCCUGGCUCAGUUCCUUCACCUCACCUCAGGAAUGCGGCUGGAAUCUUUCCUGUCUUGACUCUUUCUGGGUUUUAAUUUGUUUUAACAGGACCCCCAACUGUCUGCCAUGUUGUUGAAGUGAAUGAAACAUUUUUAAAUGUUAAGUAAAUAAAUAAACCUUAGCCCAUCUA